AUGUCCUCGGGAUUGACCUUUACUCACGGCCUCCUCCUGGGCCAGGUCUCGAUCGUUAUCCUCAUCUUCUGUUUCAUCAAAUUCUUCAUCUUCGGCGAAGCUCCUCCGCCGCCCUCGAGAGCCUCAGGUCGAGCGCCCAAACAUAUUCGUGCCCCUUCUUUGCACAGUCUGGCUUCUUCAAAGAGUUCCCAUCCGCAGUCUCUACGCAACCAGGCCAGUGCCACCAACGUGCUUCGGCCUGUUCCUACUAGCGCGACAGAUAUCGCCUCGAUCCUACGAAAGACCUAUUACCAGAUUCCCGGGCGAAGUCAUGGCAGACACCAGCAUUCUACUCACCAACCCGAGAGCUUGGACUGGUUCAACGUUCUGCUCGCCCAGACCAUAGCACAAUACCGACAGACCGCAUACAACCUGAGAGACACUUCUUCCGGAGGCAAGCCUACAAUUGUUGCCAGCCUGGAAGCGGCAAUCAAUGAUCCUGAAAAGAGACCGUCCUACAUAGACAACAUCAAAAUCACCGAGAUAUCUCUGGGUGAGGAGUUUCCUAUCUUCAGCAACGUAAGAGUCAUUGCUGUCGAGGAUGAGGCAUCGAGUACCACCGGCGGAAGAUUACAGGCUCUAAUGGACGUGGAUUUGUCCGACGAUAACCUCACAUUGGCAAUCGAGACUGCUCUGAUACUCAACUACCCAAAGCCAUUUUCUGCUGUCCUUCCAGUCGCUCUCUCUGUCUCCGUGGUCAGAUUUUCUGGCACACUUUCAAUCAGCUUUGUUCCCGCCUCUGAGGACGAACAUGCUGGCACGAAAAAGCCAGGCUCAACGGCCGGCAAGCCACAAACCAGUCUCGCCUUCUCUUUCCUCCCUGACUACCGUCUCGAGCUGUCUGUCAGAAGCUUGAUCGGUUCGCGGACCCGGCUGCAGGAUGUGCCUAAGGUUGCACAAUUGGUCGAAGCAAGAGUGCAGGCUUGGUUCGAGGAGAGGGUUGUGGAGCCAAGGGUUCAAGUCGUCCCAUUGCCCGGCCUCUGGCCGCGUAUGGGAAAAGUGAGGGUGAGAGACGGCCAAGACGACGACCGGCCAGCAACUGGAGACGAACACCGACCGUCAUCCUUUAUCAACCACAAAGAGUCGAGGCUGGAAGACGAUUUUCCUUCUCAAGAAGAGACGGAAAGAAUAUUCGAAGGCUUGAGAUUACGAUCUAACCAUGUCCGCUCUAACAGCCAAGUGAUCGAACAGGAUGAUACGCCAACAUCUCAGCCUGCAAAAAUGAUGCCCGGUGCGCUCCCUCCUUAA